CCCCCACGCCCCCCCCUCCCGUUGGGAGUUGUAGUCCUAUAUGUAUCUGCGUCUAUAUCUGUAGGUACAUACAUACCUAUCCUAUGGCUUUCUACGUGAUAAUAUAAUGGACACUAUGAGUAGAGGUGCCUGUUACUGGUACGAUAACAACCAAGAUUCCGCUGCCGACGCUCGGACAUGCAGAAAGCUUGUCCUGGGUGCGUCAUGCAUCGAUAUUAUCCGGGCACGUAGGUGUUCUGGUUCGAGUAGGAUGCAGACCCGGUGUCCAUCCUGCGAUCGACAUCCUUUUGUUAUCUGCCGAGGCGAGAUGGACAGCUGGAGGAAGGGUGACGAGGGAUCCGGGUGUGAUGCGGCUUUCCGCUGUCAGCCGUUUGCUUGCUUGUUUGGCGCCGGGAUGGUGCAGUCUUCUGUACUCGACUUGGUGUGCUGCUCACCCCGAUGUCUUGCUUCUUUCUCGUAUUCCUCUUUUUCUUCUUUCCUUUCCUGUUUUCUUCAUUUUUUCCCCUCCCCCCCUUUCCUCUUCGCUCUUCUUAUUUCAUUGUUCGUUCUAUGGUAAGGGGAAGAUGGGUUCCCUAUCUCGUGCACGUCGAGAUAUG